GGUGCACGCACACAUCCUGAGCCGCCUGAAGAAGGAGAUGCCGGCUGUGUUCGGGAAGGGGCACAAGAAGAAGCAGCUCAUCGCGCAGCUGCCGCUGCUGUUCGCGCGCAUCCAGAUGGAGCAGCACAUCCCGCCCGGCGACUUCCCCGACUGCGCCCGCAUGCAGGAGCAGCUGCUGGCUCAGGACCUGACUCGCUUCCCGGCGCUGAAGCCGCGGCUGCUGGAGGCGCUGGAGGAGCUGCUGACGCGGGACAUCGCCGCGCUGAUGCCGCUGCUGCGCCGCGAGGAGGGGGAGGCGGCGCCCGGGGUGCAGGGAGGGGCGUUCGAGGGAGCGCGGCGGGGGCCGUUCGUGGAGGGGGCGGAGGAGGACGAGGAGGAGGAGGGCGAGGGCGGCGAGGACGAGUGGGUGGUGACGAAGGACAAGGCCAAGUACGACGAGAUCUUCUACGGGCUGUGCCCGCUGGGCGGCAAGCUGAGCGGGCGGCAGGCGCGGGGCUGGAUGGUGGGCAGCAAGCUGCCGCGCUCCGUGCUCGGCCGCAUCUGGCAGCUGAGCGACGUGGAUCGGGACGGGAUGCUGGACGCCGAGGAGUUCGCGCUGGCCGGGCACCUGAUCGGAGCCAAGCUGGAGGGCAGGGGGCUGCCCAGCGACCUCCCGCCGCGCCUCGUGCCGCCCUCCAAGCGGCGCCAGAAGGGCUCGGCGGAGUGAACGGGAAUAAAAGGGACGGAGAGCGGC